CGCGCAUCACGCACUCGCGGACAUCAGGUACCAGGAAGGAGACUUUAUUUCAGUGAAACGCGAGGUUUACGACACGAACCGAGUGCUGCAAGUAACGAGUUUCGUCAAGAGAGCUCCGACGCACGUGUUACUUUGGACCGUGUUUUUUCUUUCCUCUCGCAUAAAGAGCAGGGAUAUGCAACGACAAAAUUGUAACUUUGAGGUUAGAGUGAAGAAGAAAACAUUUUGAAAUUACCAUCGUUCGGAAAAAUACUACUAACGUCGGACUUUCUUUGCCGCUCUUCGGUUACAAAAUUCUGAAAGCUUCUCCAGACUACGCAAAUGAAAAAAUGCGCUAAUCAGAACAAAAAUAAAUGACAGCGGCAGUUAUCAUAUCAAACGUAAAAACCUUCGUUUGACGGUAAUUUAUUAGCUGAACAGAGGUUGCAUUGAAAUUUCGAUAUAUUAACUGUAAUAAUGUGGAAUCAUUUGCUUAGCGCAUUGCUACUUUUGUUUUUGCUUCUUCAUGGAAGCUCCACAUGUUGUCGGCACAAGGGCAUCUGGUUUAAUCGACCUCGACGAGACGUGCAAAGCAGUCUUGGCGAUUACGACAAACAAAGCAUUAACAGUUUCACCACCGAGGAACAAAAUGUAAAAAAUUCAGAAAAUAUCAAAGUCGGCCUCGAUCGACUUCGUGAAGUUCUAUCGAAUAACGGCAAAGACAAAGGAUACGUAGAUCCAAAAGUCAUAAAAUACUUUUCAGAGCGUCGUGAUUUUCGACUGCGUUCUCCUUUUUGGGGGCGCAACACUAGUACAAGGGAUCGACCUAGAGGAGCUUGUUCUGUAGUAGUAAGCACAGAACUUCCAAAACCAUUGCUUCGAAACUUUAAUGACGAGUUUACUUUAUCUCACUUUUUGAUCAACGUACCAGCAUUUCAACAAACAUUCGAAGCUUACAAAUGCAUCAAUGUCGGUAAUGCCUGUGCUGACUACUUUGCGAGGCAACCAAAACCGAGCUCAGGCACGUGUAAACAAACUUUUCGGCACGUGAAGGUUUUAGUAUUACCGAAUAAUAAACAGUAUUUUAACGUUAACGACUUCAGAGUUGCUAUAUUUGAAGUAGAGGAGGGCUGCUCGUGCGUUAAACCUAAAAAGAUUUGAUAUUGAAAUCGAUUUGCAGCAGCAUAAUGUUAGAAUAAUUAUCAAAAACUUUAUUAGGUGUAUUAAAAUGACAGCAUUUGUAAAAUACAUUAUAGAAUAACUAUUUGAUUACUAAAAUAUGAACAUAGGUACGUUUUCAUCUAUAGACUUAAAAGUAUGCUUUUAAAGUUAAG